UCUAGUUUUGAUUUGAUAUUCCUAGUAGUAAUGUUACUGUUACCAUUCAUGGCUGUUGCUCAAACUAACGGAAGAGUACCUGUGGGAGCAUCCAUCACUGCAACUGAUGAUUCUCCUUCAUGGCUUUCUGCUUCUGGUGAAUUUGCAUUCGGGUUUCGCCAGCUGGAGAACAAGGAUUAUUUCUUGUUGUCCAUUUGGUAUGAAAAGAUUCCUGAGAAGACCGUAGUUUGGUAUGCAAUUGGAGAGGAUCCUACAGAUGAUCCUGCUGUACCAAGGGGAUCGAAGGUGGAGCUGACUGAUGAUCGUGGGCUGUUGCUUGCUGAUCCUCAAGGCAAUCUAAUAUGGACAUCUCGUAUCCUUCUAGGUGCAGUUUCGUCAGGUGUUAUGAAUGACACUGGCAACUUCGUGCUUCAAAACAGAAAUUCUGAAAGGUUGUGGGAGAGUUUCAACAAUCCCACUGAUACAUUGUUGCCUACUCAGAUUAUGGAGGCUGGAGGGGUGGUUUCUUCUCGAAGGACGGAGACCAACUUUUCGCUGGGGAGAUUCCAGCUCCGUUUGCUUGAUAAUGGAAAUCUUGUGCUGAAUUCUAUGAAUUUGCCAACCAAAUUUGCUUACGACGACUACUAUGGAAGUGGAACUUCUGAUGCUUCAAAUUCAUCAAAUUCUGGUUAUCGAUUGCUCUUCAAUGAGUCAGGCUACAUGUACAUAUUGAGAAGAAAUGGGCUGAGAGAGGAUCUCACAAAAACAGCACUUCCUACUACAGACUUCUACCGUAGGGCAACUCUCAAUUUUGAUGGUGUUUUCACUCAAUAUUCAUACCCGAAAACAUCCUCUUCUAUUAGAAGCUGGUCACCUGUCAGGUCUGAACCAGAAAAUAUAUGCAAGUUUAAUUCAAUUUGGGGUAGUGGAGCGUGUGGAUACAACAGCAUCUGCAGCCUUAGUGUUGAUCGAAGGCCCAAUUGUACUUGUCCACAAGAAUUUUCUUUGCUUGAUCAGAAUGACAAGCAUGGAGGCUGCAUACCAAAUUUCGAAAUAAGCUGCAAAGAUAAUGGAAAAAAUUCCUCAGAAGAUCUGUAUGAUUUUGUUGAGCUAAGAUAUGUUGAUUAUCCAUCAGGUGAUGCAGAACAUUUACAACCUCAAAAUGAAGAACAGUGCAGAAAAGCUUGCUUGAAUGACUGUCUCUGUGGGGCUGUCAUCUUUUUAGGCAACAACUGCUGGAAGAAGAAGUUACCACUUUCGAAUGGAAAAGUUGACAGUGGUUUUAACGGGAAGACUUUCAUCAAAUUUAAGAAAGGUCAUAUCCCUCCCGGGAAUCCUGUUCUUCAGAUUCCUGAAACGAAGACGGAAAGGGACGACAUUAAGGUCAUCACAGGAAUAGUGCUCUUGGUUAGCUCUGUAUUUGUCAACUUUAUAUUGAUCAGUACAUUAUGUUUCUGUUCUUCCUUCAUUUACCGCAACAAAGUAGCAAAUGUUCGAGAAGAAAACAAUGUGGAGUCAAACUUGCGUUCAUUUACAUACAAAGAGCUCACAGAAGCUACAGAAGGCUUCAAGGAUGAACUGGGGAGAGGAGCUUUUGGUGGUGUUUACAAGGGUGCGAUAAAAACAGGUUUUACUAAUUUUAUUGCUGUGAAGAAGUUAGAUGGCGUGGUUGAACAUGGCGAGAAGGAAUUCAAAACCGAAGUGACUGUGAUCGGUCAGACGCAUCACAAGAAUUUGGUCCGAUUGUUAGGAUUUUGUGACGAGGGGCAGCAUCGUUUGUUGGUGUAUGAGUUCUUGAGUAAUGGCACUCUAGCCGAUUUUCUUUUUGGAAGCUUAAGGCCUAGUUGGAAGCAAAGAACUCAGAUUGCCUUCGGCAUUGCAAGAGGACUCUUGUACCUACACGAAGAAUGUAGCACCCAAAUCAUUCACUGUGACAUAAAGCCGCAGAACAUUCUUAUUGAUGACUACUACAAUGCUCGGAUAUCAGAUUUUGGAUUGGCAAAACUUUUGGCGAUUAAUCAGAGCCAAACCAAAACUGCCAUUCGAGGAACAAAAGGAUAUGUUGCUCCUGAAUGGUUUAGGAACACACCAGUCACUGUGAAGGUUGAUGUCUAUAGCUUUGGUGUCUUGCUGCUAGAGAUCAUCUGUUGUCGGAGAAGUGUAGAUCUGGAGAUCAGUGGAACUGGAGCUAUAUUGAUCGACUGGGCUUAUGACUGCUAUAGGCACGGAACGCUUGACGCUUUGAUUGAAGAUGACAUGGAGGCCAUGAAUGACGUAUCAACACUAGAGAGGGCUAUGAAGGUUGCAAUUUGGUGCAUUCAAGAGGUGCCAUCUCUUAGACCCACCAUGAGGAAGGUGACACAGAUGCUUGAAGGAGUUGUUGAAGUGCCUGCUCCACCGAAUCCGUUCCCGUUCAGUGAAAUUAGCUGCUCCUGAAAACAACAGUAACUGCCUUAAUUUCAACUAGUUAUGAUUUUUCUGACUCUGGUUGUAUCCAUACUCAUCUAAUGAUUCAUCUGUUGCCAGUAUAUUCAUUUCUCAUCCAAUUCUACGUGAUAGAAGUGCAAAACAUUAUAGUUUUCUUCAAGGAGCUUUUCAUCUUGUCCACAGCUGAGUGUUUAUUACAGUUAUAUGGAUUUCGUCAAGAUUAUUUCUCAAA